UUGUCCAGAAACUUGUAGACCUCUCUCCUUCAUCUAAAGAAUAGGUCAUCUCCUUCCUAUAUAAAUCCCCACUUUGUUAUAUAUAUAUUUCCAGCAUACAGAGGAAAAAGUUUCAACUCUCAUUACCUUCCAACCCAUUAACGACCUUCGAUAAACAAAACUCAGCAUAAACUAGCUAGUGUACUUGUAACGUCCAUACUAGAACAAAUCAAAAAUGGUGAAAACAACUGUUAGUCUUUUGAGCUUUCUAGUGUUAGCAAUGGCUGUAGUCUUAUUUCUUCCAUCACAAACUGAAGGACUAAUGCCAUACACACGCCCCUUUUGGGACUUGACGUUCCCACCAGAAGACCCUUUCAAGAUUCUUGAACAAAUCCCACUCACCAUCCCAAAAGGGGUCGACACAAUCGCCUUAGCUCGUUCAGACUGGAAGGAAACAGGAACAGAGCACGUAAUUACACUCGACAUACCAGGGAUGAAAAGGGAUGACAUCAAGAUCGAGGUGGAAGAGAACAGGGUGUUGAAAGUCAGCGGGGAAAGGAAAAUAGAGGAAGAAGUUGAAGGAGAAAAGUGGCACAGAGCUGAGAGGACUUCUGGGAAAUUCUGGAGACAGUUUAGGUUACCUGGGAAUGCAGAUUUGGAACACAUAAAGGCUCAUUUGGAAAAUGGUGUCUUGAAGAUUACUGUGCCAAAGUUGGCUGAAGAGACGAAGAAGCAGACAAAGGUGAUUAAUAUUGCUGAGGAAGGUAAUUCUGCUGGUGGUGAGGAUAUUAAAGCUACCAAAGCUGAGAUGUAAAUUAACAAGUAUAAACCGCGCCGUCUGUUAGUCAGUCUAAUGUUUUGGUUUGUUUAUCAUCUCAGUUGUGUUUUUGUUUUGUGAGCUUCUAAUAAAGUUCUCAGAAGUAUGUAAUUGGGUGUUUGAUUCUGAUUAACUAAAUCCACUCGGAUUUAUCACAUUUGUGUUCUUUUUUAGUUCUUCAAUCUAUAUAUUAUUGCAAGUACAAUGCUAUAUAUGUAGCAUGUGUAUCUUGAAACA